AUGUGGUUUCUAGUGGUUCUGGCUUGUGUGAGCGGUGCGCUGACUGCCCCGUUGGAGUAUGGUUCGGUCUACUCUCAUGCACCUAUAGCUAUUCAGGCAGUGCACGCGCCAGUCGCUAUUGCCGAGCCUGUGUCAUAUCCCAGAUACGCCUUCGCCUAUGGUGUCAAAGAUCCGCACACUGGUGACGUCAAGUCUCAACAGGAGGAGAGGGAUGGCGAUGUUGUGAGGGGUAGCUACUCCUUAGUUGAACCCGAUGGUACAACGCGUACUGUUAACUACUCCGCAGAUGAUCACAACGGCUUCAAUGCCGUUGUGCAGAGGACUGGACACGCUGUACAUCCGCAAGUGGCACCUGUGGCCCAUUACGCCGCCGCUCCAGCCAUCGCAAUUUCUCCUUAUUCGCUGCAC